AUGGAGAACUCCAAGAACCACAAUGGUCUCGGAGUCAACAAGGUCAUCAAGAAGGAGGCCGCAGCCGUCAACCGCGGGCCGCCACUCCCGCGCCAGCCGCGCGUCUACAACAUCCGCAGUAGCGACUUCCGGUCAGUGGUUCAGCAGCUCACCGGCGCCUCCUCUGCCCUUCCUCGCCCGCGCCGCCUCAACCAGUCCCGUCCCCCGCCGCUACAGGCUCCCGUUCCUCCCCGCCCCGCCCCUCUCGCGCCGCCACCCGCCGAGUCUCCCUUCUCCGCCUACUUGCGCUUCCUGGAGACCUCCCUCCUCCACUCCGACGGGCCCCGCCGCGCCGCCGCCUCGUCCCUUCAUCCUCCUUCUCCGCCGCCGCUCGACCUUCAGUCGCCCAGCGAGUUCUUGCACCUGCAGUCACCUGGGUUCCUCCACCCUCAGCUGCCUCUCUCUCCCAGCAACCCGUUCUCGCCGCUGGCCUUUCAACCUCUGCCGCCGCCGUCGCCGGACGUGCUCUUCCCUCGGUCUCCUAUCUGGAAGGAUCUGUAA